UCUUACUUUGUAGUGAUGCACUUACUCCUUCUAUGGACUUGACUACCACAAAAACAUUUUGGAGACUCCUACAGCUUCUCUUUCUGCACCAAUCUCAUCUGGAAGACGCUUCAGAUGUACACUAAAUUAUAUAUGUUAAAUAAGUCUCCAACUCCACGAACAACUUCCCGUCUGACAAGAAGGAAGGACCAACUCCCUAAACCCAGAGAUAGACGAACACUUGAGCAGGGACACAGAAGAGGGGAUCCUUCCUUCCAGGGAUGAUUAGGAUUUUGAUUAUUAUGAUUAGUAGUAUACAGUAAUCGCAACAAACAACAGAAACAAAGGUGAUGCAAGAGAUGCAAGAGAUGAUAAGAGUGAGAAAAACGAAGAGAGAAUGCUGGGCUAUAUCUGGCAGUAUGUCUACUCAUCCUUCCUCAGAUACUGGUUGAAGUGGGUUGUGAGGCAGGUGUCUGGGAAGUGUGAGCUGCAGAGAAUAUGUGCUGGUUUCCAGCCAGGAUCAACCAGGACCUCCAAAACAGAAUAUUCUCUUCAGUUUUCAAAGAAUAAGGUUUUGAGAGGAUCUUUGCAGACCAGCAGAGAUAGUCUGGAGCAGUGUGUGGAUCACAUUGUUCAGGCCAAGAAUGUCAAACCUCAGAAGGAUCCCUUGUUCCGGAAGAGUCUUCACACCUGUCUCCUCCAGAUCACCGGCUACGCCGGCUUGUACACCUGUGUGGAGGAUCUUAGGAAGGAGACCUUCAGCUCAGACAACAUGGAGCACGAGGACAUGCUGUUGAAGCUAUGGAAGCUGUUGAUGCCAACAGUGAAACUAGAGUCCAGGGUAACUAAGCAGUGGGGUGACAUUGGUUUCCAAGGCGACGACCCCAAGACGGACUUCCGAGGAAUGGGAAUGCUGGGCCUCACCAACCUUGUGUUUUUCAGUGAACACUACACAGAGGAAGCCCGGCAGGUGCUCUCCCAUGCCAAUCAUCCCCAACUGGGGUACUCCUACGCCAUCGUGGGCAUUAACCUGACUGAGAUGGCCUACAGUCUCCUAAAGAGCGGGGAUCUGAAACCCCACUUUUACAACACAGUCACUGGGAACCCUGAACUGCUCCACUUCCACCAUCUGUACUGUUAUCUGGCCUACGAGUUUGACAAGUUCUGGGUGGCGUCCAAACCUCAGAGCAUCAUGGAGUUCAACCACUACAGGGAGAAGUUCCACAGCCAGGUGAAGAUCUCGCUCCAGGAGCCAGGGGUGGCCCUCACGCUGACGGUGUCCUCCGAACACUAACCUUCCUGUCACCGGCCCAGGAGUGAUGUAGCACCACGCGAUUCCACACCACCAUGAAGGUGCUGCUCGCAUUAUGCUGCCUGAACCCACCAAAAACACCUACGAGUUUACCUGGAGUUUGAAAGGGGACCUCUUCUUCCAGUUGCAAUGGACCAUUAGUUGGACCACCUAAUAUUAUUGAGAAACAUGAAGUGUUUGGAUUUGAGUUGUGGAAUAUUACAAAUAUCCUCUGUGAUUUAGUUUUUAGAUGGUUGUUAUGGUGAAGCCUGAAUUGUCCUGCCACAAUUGAUUGAAGAAGAUAAAAUAAUGAUUUGAUUAAUUAUAAAUAAUGACAUACAUACACCUGUAAUAUGGUUGUAGUUACAGAUAUUGCUUUACUAUAAAAAAGGAAAGGAAUUGGUGAUUUGGCUAGAGCACAGUUGAACCCCUUUACCCAAUAAACGAUCAUUCCAACUAGUUGACUCUUCUGACUAAAGGGUCAACUAUUCUGCAUUGAUUAGGUCUUAGGGCUUCAGCAGCUUUGUAUUGUGUUCCAGUGGUAAUAUUUUGUGCACCUUUCCAGUGGUCCGUGAACCAAAUGAUGUCGACAUUGACGAUAGCUAUAAAGUGUAAAGUUGCUAGCUAGCUAAAAUUUAUAAUUAUGUAUUAUUUAACUUGAAUUUCAAGCUUUUCUCUCACGUAUUUAUAUAAAUUAUCCCCGACCGGUUGUCAUGACUGUCCUGCUCAGGAAUUUGAUAUUUUUGUGCAGUGUUCACAGAUUGUGUGUGACGGGCAAGGCAACAUCAUUUAUACCUAGGAUGCCUCAUUGUGUGGUUCCAUCUUCUUUAACCGUGUGCAUGUUUUAAUGCGUUUCAAUUGUUAUUGAUAUACUCUAGACUAGAGACGACUAGAACACAACGGGGAGGUGGUUUUGCUACCUGUUUAAGGAGGGCCCCUGGUAUAAUGUUGAUUAUGCCAUUGCAAGAAAUUUAAAAACAAAGUCAUCCCCCCAGUGAGUGACCAAUAUCUACAGUGAGUCCACUGCUCUGUACGUCAGGGUGGACCUGUUCACGUCUGCAGUCACAAUAGGGUCGAUUUUGAAGUGGAUUAGAAUGGCGAAUUAACAUCUGGGGCGGGGAGGGGGGGGGCACUCCAAUGUAUUCCUGUAACUCCAGACUGUCACUGUUUUCAACGUGAUGUGUCCGGAGGUGUACUAUUUGUAACGACUGACUGACUUGGCUUGCUGAGAGCUAAUAAACACACAUUUUGAUGCCUUUAUUUGAGGUUUGUGUCCAAACUGAAUGGAGACAAUAGCCCCCCCCCCCCCACUGAAGAAAAGCACAAUUUCAAUAUAUUAUAUCAAAUAUCUUUUAAAUGUGCAUAAAAACAGUGCUUUACAUGUUGUGGACAUUUCUUUGGGGGCUGGAUACAAUUUCAAUUUUGGUGGUGCAAAAGCUGCUCUAAAUUAGAUCUAUCACAGGUAUUCAAACUGUUCCAUUUGUGAGAUGUUUGUGUAAAUGCCAGUGCAAGUAUUUACUCACAUAAUGACCAGAACAAUGUAAUAAAUACAAAUGGGUAAAACCAAAUUCUAUUAAAACGUAAGUUCACUUUCAA